AUGGCCAAGCUGGCCACUCGCUACCCUCGGGUCUACGAUCGACUUUUGGAGGAUGCAUCGAGGGCUGCCGACUUUGAGGCCCACGUGCGGCGAGCUGGCUUCCAGAUGGCCACGGUCAAGGACGCGGCGACCCAGCGACCAGCGGAGAUCAUUGCCCUCCGCUCCAAGGCGGCACUGGACGACCUGAUGGCCAAGUGUGCGCUGGACCUGCAGCAGGCAUAUCUGGCCUCACGCGAGUGGGGCGUCAGCACAGUCUUGACCAUGCGGGGUCGGGACAAGUUGCGUCGCUUGAGCGACACGACCUUUGCCAUUGCGGUUGUGUCCAUGAUGGGUUUUGGCCUCCAUGAACUCAUCAAUGUCAAGCCGACGGACAAGUGCCCGCUCUGCAGCAGCAGGACACCUCAGCCGCGACUGACCCGCGAGCACCUGUUGACCUGCCGUCCCAUCAAGCGUCACAACGCCCUUCGCGACGAGAUGGGCCGCCUGCUCAGGUACGCCACCCUCUCCCAUGUCUGGGUGGAAAAGUCUGGCUACAACGCCAACGGUCAGAGCUGCCGCAUCGACCUGCACUGCCGCAACCCCUUUCCCGGCGGUGCCCUGGGCCCAGCUCUGCCCGACCUGGGCAUUGACGUGACUGUGCGCACAGCCCAACCCCCGACCACCUCGCAAGCCUGCAUCAAGGUGGGCGCUGCCCUUCGCCGAGCCGAAAAGGAGAAGCGCGAGUACUACACCGGUUUCAACCAUGGAAAAACUCUGAUCCCUGCGGCGAUGACGACAACCGGUGGGUUCGCCUCCUCCUUUGUGGAUCUGCUUGGUCAGCUCGCCCGCUGCGCCGAGGCCCGUGGUGUGUACCAGCCGGGGCUGGAUGAGGCCUUUGUUCCCCGGUGGAAGGGUCGCUUUGCGGCGCUGGUCCAUCAGAUGAACGCUGACCACAUCCAGCGCCACUUUGGCGGUGUCUGCCUGCGCUCGUCGUAG